AUGAUAGAUUACGGUGCCCGGAAAAUGUACCAUAAAACUGAAAACAAUUGGAAACAACAAUAUUUACACUACGCUAACACCAAACCAAUACCAGAUCAAGUAAUACCAAUAACAAUAUUUCCUACAACAACAAUUCAAACUACAACAAUAAGUCCAAUAUUAACAAUAGUCAAUACUAUACCUAACACAGUAGAUAAACCUUCCAACACAAUAAAGAUUGUCAUACAAACACAGACUACGAAUCAGAAUAGUUCAAAUAACAAUAUCUUUAUUAUUGAAAUAUUAAACAUAACACAACCAGCAUUACCACUUGCCACUAACAUAAUACUUGGACUAUAUUCAAACCAACAACAAUUGUUACCACAAUCACAAAUAUUAGACUUAGCAAAACAAUUACAACAAAGAGAUUUAAACAACAAAGGAAAAGGCAAAUCCAAACAAAAGAGACACGCACCUGUUAUAGGUACAGGAAUACCAACUAAACCUGAACAAAGAUAUAAUUAUUAUACAGCCUCUGGUGUAGAAACAUCUGAUUAUCCAACUGACCCAGA